AUGGCUGUGGAGGCGCUGCAGGCCCAGCUGGAAGAGCAGACACGACUAUCCAAAGAGCAGAUAGAGACUCUAGAGGACAGGAAGGUCCGCGUGGAAGAAACCCAGGUGCAGCACCAAAGAGACCAGGACAAAAUGAAAUCUAUGACAGAUAAGCUGAAUAAGACCCAGAAAUUGCUGUACGAGAGCACCAGGGAUUUCCUGCAACUGAAAUUUGAGUGCCGAGCCAAUGAGAAAUCUUGGAUGGCCGAGAAGGAUCGGCUGCUCCGAGAGCUAGACCGGUGCCGAGAGCAGUUGGCUUUAAGUAGUGACCCAGAGCAAGAGCGGGAACACGAGCGAGAGAUCCUGCGUUUGUCAUUGGUCGAGAAAGCAAGUCGGCACUCGCACAGUGAGGAAGUGAAGUCUCUUACAGAGCAGCUGGCACAAGCACAUCGCCCUCGCUGAAAUGUACCGGGAGCAGUGUGUGACACUGGAGGAUGAGCUGGGAAAGAUACGAGAGGAGGGAGACGUGGGCAGGGAAAUCUUCAAGGAACGUUCAGAUAAGGUGGCCAAGCGGCUGGUAUUU